AUGGGCAAGGCUCAAGACACUCCGGGUGCAGGCUCAAGUCGCCCAUUCAACGAGUAUGACGACUUACCGCCUGCGUACGACGCUCCCUCUGCAUCAACCAGCAAGCCGCAAGUACCUAAUGGACGACCAGCGCAACACUACCAUGUGCCGGGCCCAUCCUACGCGCAUCCUGGCCAUACACAAGGCUAUCCUCCAAAUGGAGGCCUCAACACCUGGCAACGCCCUGCACCAUUCCCGUAUCCGGCCGGGUAUUUCUGUCAACACUGUCAAAAUACGGGUAUCAAACACUAUAACGGACAUCCCUGUGGGACUUGUGAACGGUUGUUUGGCGUACAAACGGCACAGGUUCAGCAUCUACCAGCGCAUGCAGGUGUUCCUAUGGGCGCGCCUGUAUUUACAGCGGGUGAUCCCAGGAUUGGUGGUCGAUUGUGUGGGAAUUGUAAAGGGUAUGGUACGAAGCAGACGCUGCUUGGACUGGUUGAGGAACAGUGUCGCGUGUGUCGCGGUGUUGGACGCGUCUUUUGA